UUUAAUAUUAUAAAACCAAUUUUCCGUAAUUUUAACGGUUAAAAAUGAGUCUUAACUUCGGAGAAAUCGUGGAACCUUCGACCCGAGCCUUUUGGGACGAUUACGACGAAGGUGAAGAAGAUCAAGAACCGCUGCAGCCUCUGGAAUGGGAAUGGUUGAACGAGGACAAUGUUGAGCAAAAGUUGGACAACGUAAAACUACUGCUCAUCCUCGAAGGCCAAGGUAUUUCUGCCUUUGCAGGCGUCGCUGUGCUGAAGGGCAAGUCUCCCAUCUGCCAGUUAAACAGUGGAACAACUAGUAUCUACAGUGUGCCGGACAAGGGUCUUCUGGUAUGCGUAACGGAGGAAAAGGAUCUGAACAGUUUCGGUAGGAUAACGGACAAGCUUGCUUCGUGGUUGGAGAUGGCCGAAGAGGUGGUGGGCGUUUCGUUUCAGCCAUCUGUCAUGCACAAGGGAACAUCUGCAGAUGAGACGGAGGAAGUUUGCUUCAUCAGGAGCAUCAACGGACGGUUGAGCCAAUUCAAGGCACUCGAAGCGCCUAACGUCAUUACAGGGUUAUGUGGCGGUGCUUUGAGCUACAGGAAAUUCAAGGACCAGACGGCUUCGGCCUAUGCGUGCUAUCUGGAUUCCUGUGUGUUGGAUUCGGUUUCGGCGAAACCGAUUCUUCGAUUGCUGAAAUCGUUGUCAGUGGAUUGUGACGAUUCCUAUCAGUUGAAAUUCAAGACCAGUUCGAAUUUGUAUCUGUGAAUAAAAUGGCGUGCGGUUGUUCUUAAAA